AAAUGUACCAAUUGCAAAGAAGCCAUUAGUUUUCUGGCAGCGCAAACAAACACACACACACACACACACACACACACACACACACACACACACACACACACACACACACACACACACACACACACACACACACACACACACACACACACACACACACACACACACACACACACAACUCAACACAUACAGAUAAUAGGAUAGAGACGGACAAUAAGCAUCUCGGAGUUAUGAACAACUGCGGGAAAAGCGCGCAAUUCCAACUUUUCCCGUUGAAGAUGAGUACCACAUGCCCGCGUUAUUCCGCGGAAAGAAAUUCCGCGAUCUUCCCUGCACGUCACUGAAACAACACCGAGCGCGAGAGCGAGGAGAGCAGUGAGGAGCACUUGAGCCAAAGACCAGCAGAGACCGAUGAAGCCGCCUCCAGUCGCGAGGAGCCACAGCAGGGGACCAAAGUUGCGCGCAGCUUUCUGUUACGCACUACCAAGGUGGGACCACGGGAACACCAUCACACACGCACUGAACGUUUACGCACGCCUAGAUAAUGUGCUGCUGUACAUCUCCCGCCGUGAGCUCCAUGUCAUAAACAAGAAAAACACAGUUGCACUUUUUGCAGAAUCGGGGGGAAGAAGAGAGUAAAGAAACAGCGCAGCGAUGGCAUCGGAAGGGGGACCCUCCGGUCUGGCCCUGAGACUGUCCGAGAUGGGCGAGAAGACCCGUGAGUUCGGUGGAGCCAUCACGGACCCGCAGAAGCAGAGACGGAUCAUGCUGGUGAUCGUGUGCGUGGCUCUGCUGCUGGACAACAUGCUCUACAUGGUCAUCGUGCCGAUUAUUCCCGAUUACCUGGCGGACCUUGAGAGCGAGCAGUCGGCGCACGUGCACCUGGUCCUGCACCCCAACUCCACGUUCAACAGCACCGGCCAAGCCAAGAGCAACAGGGACAAUCUUGACGUCCAGAUCGGAGUACUGUUCGCCUCCAAAGCCAUUGUACAGCUCCUGGUCAACCCCCUGUCGGGAACUUUUAUAGACCGGGUCGGAUACGACAUUCCCCUUUUAAUCGGACUAACUGUCAUGUUCGUGUCCACGUGCAUAUUCGCCUUUGCCGAGAAUUAUGCCACUCUAUUCGCGGCGCGAAGUUUACAGGGUCUGGGGUCGGCGUUCGCCGACACGUCGGGCAUCGCGAUGAUCGCCGACAAGUACACGGAGGAGGGGGAGCGCAGGAAGGCGCUGGGCAUCGCGCUGGCCUUCAUCUCCUUCGGCAGCCUGGUAGCGCCGCCCUUCGGGGGCAUCCUGUACGAGUUCGCCGGCAAACGGGUGCCGUUCAUCGUGCUGGCCGUGGUCUGCCUGGCGGACGGCUUGCUGCUGCUCACCGUCGUCAAGCCCUUCUCCAACCGCACCCGGGAGAACAUGCCGGUUGGGACGCCCAUCUACCGGCUCAUGAUCGACCCCUACAUCGCCGUGGUUGCUGGGGCGCUGACCGUGUGCAACAUCCCGCUGGCCUUCCUGGAGCCCACCAUCGCCAACUGGAUGGAGAGUACCAUGCACUCCACCAAGUGGGAGAUGGGGCUGACCUGGCUGCCGGCCUUCUUCCCCCACGUCCUGGGCGUGUACAUCACCGUGAAGCUGGCCGCCAAGCACCCGCACCUGCAGUGGUUCUACGGGGCGGUGGGGAUGGUCAUUAUAGGGGCCAGCUCCUGCGUGGUGCCCGCGUGUAAAACUUUCGGCCAGUUGAUUGCGCCCCUGUGCGGCAUAUGCUUCGGCAUCGCCUUGGUAGACACCGCUCUUUUACCGACGCUGGCCUUUCUGGUCGACGUCCGCUACGUUUCCGUGUACGGUAGUAUCUAUGCCAUCGCGGACAUCUCCUACUCCGUGGCGUACGCCAUGGGGCCCAUCGUGGCCGGGCAGAUAGUGCACAAUCUAGGCUUUGCGCAACUCAAUCUGUGCAUGGGUCUUGUGAACGUGCUUUACGCACCGGCCUUGCUGUUGCUCUGCAACGUGUGCCAAAUGAAACCGUCCCACUCGGAGAGGGAUAACCUGUUGGAAGAGGCUCCGCAGGGUCUGUACGACACUAUUAAAAUGGAGGAGAGGAAAGGUAAAAAGAAGGGCUAUAGUUCAUCAGGUAAAUGCCUGGCGGUCGACGAGAACGGGUUCGACCCGUUCAGGGCACAGAGGUCGUACUCGGAGGAGUCCUCAGAGUACACUUAGUCGGUCCAACGGGCUCGUAGAUCCUCCGAAACGUUCAGUUGGAGAGAUAGGAGGCGAGAGAGACAAUGUAUAGCCUAUCAUUUCCACUACUGUGUGUUUACUGAUGUGCAAUAUUAACACCCAAUCACCGAGGUCACGACGAGGGUGUGACCCGUUUCCAAAGUUGAUUUAUCGUGCAGAACGACGUCUGUAUGUAACGUUUGUCAUGGACGUGUAGUUUGGGUUUUUGUGAGAGACCAGAAUCAGCUAUGAAUAUGACUAUGUGUGCAUUACAAUAUAGAGCGAAAAGUACAAGAUUUUAGUAAAAACUAUAGGGGACCAACUAUCAGAAGCACAUUUUCCCACUGAAGUAGCCGAUAUAUUUUAGUCUUUGCUUCAUUUUAUAACUCGGUAUCGAAGGCUGAACUCAUGUUGUUUCGUAUUUCGUCAAUUUUAAACUUUUGGACCUGUCUGUAAUUUUAUUUUUUAAGUCUUUGAACGUCUAAAAUGAAAUGUAUCAUUGUCAAAAAAUGCAUUUUUUGUACAUAUGUGGAUAUUAUGCACAAUGUAAAUGGUUGAAAUACAUGUGGAUUGUGGACCUAAGCACAUUUGUUCUGCACUGUGUGUGUGUGUGUGUGUGUGUGUGUGUGUGUGUGUGUGUGUGUGUGUGUGUGUGUGUGUGUGUGU